ACCGCAUCUAGGUGCUUCUUUGCAAAAAUGAACGUGUACACGAGCUUCAAUUAAAACAUGAAAUUCUAAAGUACUUCAUGAGUCUGCGGCAAAUAACCAAAAAUGUGUGCACGCCUCGUGGCUUGGUGCUGCCCGUGCCUAGACGUCGAAGACACCGUAGUACCACAAUCGGCACUUGAACCAUUAGUACAGGCUAGAAGCGGGCCUUCUCCCAUUGGCAGCGUCAGCGGCCCGCCCGGCGCUCUAGAACAAAAUGUAUACUGCAUGAGGCACGGCCACCGACAGGACGAAGAGGAUGAUUGCUGGCAUUUAAGUGCAGCACGACCAUGGGAUCCUCCGCUUUCGGCAAAAGGGCGGCAGCAGGCUCGUGAGGCCGCCGCUCAAUUCAAGUCUAAAAACAUCGACUACGUCCUGACGUCGCCGUUCGUGCGCUGCUUACAAACCAGCGCGGAGAUUGUGGAUGAGCUUGGGUUAGCGCAGGGCAGGUGGCUCGUCCUGUGGCCCAUGUGUGAGCUGUGUGACCCCCGGUUGCUGCUAGCGGGACGUGAGGAUCUGCGACCCGCGCUGGGCCGGAGACCCAUCCGGGACUGGAUGUGGGACGGGCAGACCUUUGAGCAAGCGCUAGGAGGGCUGCUGGCACCGGAGCUGGCGUACAGCGGGGUGCGCAUCCGGCCGGAGAUGUGGAACGACUCGGCGCCGUCCUACCCGGAGAAGAUCGAGCAUGCGCUCAAGCGCUACGAGAAGCAGAUCCGCUCGGUGUGCAAGGAGUUCGCGGGGCGCAACGUGCUGGUGGUCACACAUGGGGAGGCGCUCCGUGCGGCAGUCAACAUGUACGACAGCCGCGCUGCCGUGUACGAGGUGAAGCACACGGGGCACGUGCCGCUGUCGCGCUCCCGCAACCCCAACGGCACGUGGGGUCCCUGGAGCCUGUGCUGCACCUCGGGGCAGACCGGGGUGCUGUGGUCAUACGCCUAGGCAGCAGCAGCCGCUCGGCAGGGCAGCAGCGGCGCUAGCUGCAGGAGGAGGAGUAGGAGCAGCAGCGGCAGCAGUAGCACUGAAGCCGGAGCAGCAGCAGCAGUGGGCCGCUUUUUUGCAGUGGCGGAUGCAUGGCGGAUUGCGCGGGAGCGCUCUGGGCUCCGCUCCUAUCUGCGGGUCCGCCCUAGCUCCUAUAGCAACAUAUAGCUCUUCAGUAAUUACUUUAGGUGCACUCCUUAGAGGUCGACGUGGCCAGUAGAGCAUUGUAGUAACAGCGGUGUACAGUUUGCUGCUGGCUUACGUUGGUGAAGCCUCUUAGCUACUCGCCGGGGGCUGCAGGGGGCCGGGGGUUGCCGUGCAAUGCUACUUGCUGGCCUUGUGGCGGAGCCCUGGCGGUGGGGAGGGCUGCGCGCAGUGCGAGAGCUGGAGGGCCUUAGGCCGCGUCCCUGGGAAACGAAUGGAGGAAUCAAACGUGGCCUAGCAUGCGCGAUUGCUUGCAUGCGCCAUGCACGGGGUCUCGCGGGGCAUGGGCUUCUGAACCCCGGUAUGUUCCACAUGCAUUGCACGCAUCACCAGCCUUGGCUGUUGUCCCUGGCAUGACCCAAGGCGCACGGCGACUAGUAGCGAUGAUGGGAGUGUGUACGGCGCGGCAAUGUGAGGUCUUCGGCGGUCCCCUCUCUCAUCAUGACACAUUGCAUGCGCUCAUGGUGGCUAGUCUGUCUACUUAGUACAUUUUCGCAUCGUCCGGAAUGAACGAAGCGGUGUUGGGGCUACCGUUUGGCUGCUGAUGUUCCUCUGACGGCAAGUGCAGUGGAAGCGGGCUGCCCUUCCCUCCGCUUUUGCGAUAUGUGUCCUCUUGCAGUGGCUGCGCAUGGUCAUCCCGGGAAAAGCGGCUUUGCGUGCCAACUUGUGGUACCGGUGCUUGUCGUAUCGGCUGCUGGCAAAUCCUUUGCGCUGGCGUGGUUAUGGUCUCUGGCGUCGCCUGGUCGCUUGGGGCUGCUUGUUUUGCCCUGCAUUAGCCCGGGCUUGCAUGCCCUUUUGCGAAUGCACUUUCCUUUUGAUAUGCGGCAUGUAUCCACUUGUCUAGGCGUAGCAGUCCUCUGGAUGCUUUCUUGAUCCAUGGCGCGUGUAUGCAUGCCGUGCGCUCAGUUGGAACCCCUCCUGUCGCCCUGCUAUGUUGUGGCGUUUGGGCCUUCUAGUCGAUGCUAUGGAAGGGGAGCUGCCCUUGCAUGGGCAGCUGGGUGGGAUCGGAAAGAAACCAAUCCGGUUAGAGAACCGUUGGGGCGCUCUUGUGCUUGGGAGGAGGAGCCGUCCAACGUUGACAAUGGGCGGCAGUGGUGGGCAGUGAGGCGUGUUAGUGUUAUGGUAUAAUGCGUUAUACUCUUUAUGGUUGUGAGACGCGCGCGCGGUAAUAUAUGUGUGGUCCUUGGCGGCUGGUAAGAGGGUGUUGGCGGCGUUUCUGCAUCCUUUCCUUAUUAAGACGGCGGGUUGACCACAUUGCGGCACAGCAGCAGCUGCAACGGCGGUGUAUCGGCACGGUGUAUUUGGAUGAACGAUGAUCUAGCUGUAUAGUUACUACAAUCUGAUGCGACCGGGGGUCAGGGGUUAUUACUCUAUGUUAACGGUAUGCAACGCUGGCGCAGCAUUCCGCAUGCUGCAUGCGUCCUGGCGAGGGAUGGGAGACGUUGGCAAAGGUGCAUGACCAGCAUAACGCCUUGCCGUGAGGCAUGGCGCUCCAGGCCUUUGUCCUUACCCGCGCAUCCGUGCUUAAACCUCCGGGCUGGCGGCUGUUUGGGUGUGAUGGUGGUGGUGGCUUUGUUUGGAUUUAUGGUGCUAUUUGUUAAUGGGUUGAGGAGUGAGAGACCCAACUCUGAAGCGGGGAAUCGCCUUUUGAGUGCCAUUGGGUGGGAUUGACACUACGGUAUGCGUGCACAGACGGAAUACACUAUACGCUACAUUCGUUGUUUAUCUGUUGCACAAUCCUCCUAAUUAAGACGCAACCCCAACCCCAUGCCCAAUAAGAGACUGCAUGUGAUUGGCGCCGUAUGGUACGUGCUGUAGGGGAUUGGGGCUGGUGUGUGGCUGUGGCAGUGUUCGAAGCUAUCUGCUGCCUUCGUCUAACCCUGUGGUUUGCAUGGCCUACUCCAUUAUCCUGCAUGGCCUACCACUCCAUUAUGCCGCAUGGGUGCUUGUGGCCACACUUGAAGAACCGUGGGGCUACAGGGAGGGAGCUGCACCGGCGGCACAUUGCCUCAUGACAACCCGGCACAUACCCCGAUGGUUAGUAGCUCCGGGCCGCCUGAUGCUGCCCGGGAUUUCUCGCGAUGUACACGUUCGUGUGUGUUUCACGCGGCUCCUUGGGACGCCCCACCGUCCUACCUUCUAGGGCCGGGUGGAUUUGGAGGGGCGCAACCGCUCAAGGUACCUGAGGUCUGAGGUGCUGAGCAUGGGGUAUGGGGGAAGCUGCCAGCUGGUGGUUUCGGCGUUUUGUGGCCUUGUAUCCUCGCUUCGGUGUGUUAUCCAAGGCAUGAUGAGGUGGCAUGUGGGUGGGUUCCUAGCCAUGCUGCGCAUUGUGUUGCACAUGCUAUUUGUUGGCCGGCAGGGCUGGUGUGUCUUGCGCAGGAUUAGUAUUUGGUAUAACGCGACGCGAUAGUUCAUCCAUUUGGGAGUGAUCCUAACCUGACUGAUGUCUUUUCGUACUUCUGUAUCGUAAUUUACCCGACAAAAAAACACUAUAUACACGUGCUGCAAAACUCUAUAAUGCCGUGAAAACAUUAUAUCAAGUAAGUUCCUUUCCUGUCGAAUACCUGUGCUACAUUGACUUCGAAGUAACCACUUGGAAUUUGCUGUAAACGGUCUUCCACC